UUCGGCCGGAACCGCCAGCGCCCAGUAAAUCGCCAAAAUGACCAACACAAAGGGAAAGCGGAGGGGGACUCGCUAUAUGUUCUCUAGACCUUUCAGAAAACAUGGAGUUGUUCCUUUGGCCACAUACAUGCGUAUAUACAAGAAAGGUGAUAUCGUAGACAUAAAGGGAAUGGGCACAGUCCAAAAAGGAAUGCCCCACAAGUGUUAUCAUGGCAAAACUGGAAGAGUCUACAAUGUUACCCAGCAUGCUGUUGGCAUUGUCGUUAACAAACAAGUCAAGGGCAAGAUUCUUGCCAAGAGAAUUAAUGUCCGCAUUGAGCAUAUUAAGCACUGUAAGAGUCGAGACAGCUUCCUGAAACGGGUGAAGGAAAAUGAUCAAAAAAAGAAGGAAGCCAAAGAGAAAGGGACUUGGGUUCAACUGAAGCGCCAGCCUGCUCCACCCAGAGAAGCCCACUUUGUAAGAACCAAUGGAAAGGAACCUGAGCUGCUGGAGCCCAUCCCCUAUGAAUUCAUGGCAUGAGAAGUGUUUGU